AUGGAAAGCAGAUUAGUUGAAGACUUUCAACAUAAUACGUCUUUGCCACUGCCAACUGUACGUCAAAACUAUAGUUUGUAUUUACCGUUGUCUACUCGACCUGAUUCGACACCGAUGACAAGUUCUCUAAUCAGUGAUCCAACAUCUGCGGUAACUGAUUCUAAACAGGACACUCCACAAAUUUCACACAACAGACGUGAAACACCGGAAGGAUUUACCAUGCCACACAAUCCAGAAAUUAGCCCAAAUCAACUAAAUUUGACGAGUGAAUCAGAGACUUCAUUUUUGUCACUGGUUCCUAAUAAGUUAUUCGAUUUAACAACCCCAACAACCUCUCACUAUAUGCCAGCAGUAAAUAGCAGUGUAAGAAACGCGAAAUCCUCUAUCGACUUUUUAGAGGAUAUGAAUAAUGAAAUUUUAAUGUUAAAUCAAUCAAAAUGCCACACUCCAAUGGUAUUCAUUUCAAAAAAAGCAUCACCAUAUCCAUUAAUGGAAAAAAUUAUUUCUUCUAGUCAAACUGUGGGAUCUUUUGACAGAAAUCAACAAGGAGAUAAUUACGCUCAGUUAGAUGUAAUUUCCGAUAACCAUGAUGUUUUAAAAUGGGAUUAUGCUGGAGAUAUAGCUUCGAAUCAUUUAGGUGUUCCAAGAAUUAUUUCACACUCUAGUCUAUCUUGUCAUCCUGUUAAUUAUGUUGAUUAUGGGAACUAUGAUGUCAAUAUAACAAUGACAUGGCCUUCUUCUAGCCCACAUAUUUCUCCAUCUUCUGGAUAUGGUUAUGCGGUUCGUAGAAAAUAUAACUUCAAUACAAGAAAUAAUUCUAACAGAACUUGGAAUGAAUCAUCAAAGAUAAAAGGGUUUAAUGAAUUCUCUUCAAUGACAAUCAAUCAUGGUUCAUUUAUAUCUAGUCCAGAUCCUGAAGAUGAAAUACAUAAUUUAUCAUUAAAUAAUUCAAUGAAUCAAAUUAAUCAUUUGAUUGAUCAUUAUCAAUCAUCAUUGAAUGAUUUCAAUAUUGAUUUAUUUGAUCAAGAUCAUAUCAAAUCGAAUAUGAAUACAAAUAGUAGUGAAUUUAGUUUAAAUGAUGAAAAUGAUAAUGAGAAUAUAGAAAAAUUCAAUUUUAAUAAAAGUCAAUCAGUCAUUGAAUUACAUCAUCAUAUUGAUAUGAUUAAAACAAGAACUGGAAAGUAUUUCAGUCAUCAUCAUCAUAAUAAUAAUCUAUUACAUAAUAUAGAUCAGAAUAGUAAUCGAUCAAAUACAAUGAUAUCGAUGAAUAAUGAUUGGUUUAUCAAUGAAUUAUCAGAAUCAUAUAAUCAAUCAAUAAAAACAUUGAAAUCAAUCAAUAUCAAUAAUCAAUUGAUUACAAAUGAUGUAAUGAAUAAUGAUAAUAAGAAUAAUGAUAUAAAGGAUGAUCAUAAUGAGCAGGAAACUUUGGCGAAUUCUUCAGUGCACAGUAACUGUAGACUUGUGAAGGAAUUAGAUGAAAAUAAUAAUAAUGACGACGAAUUACAGUCACCUUUAGUGGAUAAUCAACAUGAUUUAUCUUCAUUACAAGCUACAUCUGCAUUGGAUACUAUAGAAACGGAUUCUUAUUUACACACAAAUAAUAAUAUACCUAAACAGGAAAUUUCCACAGUUCAACCGUCAACAUGUUCAAAAGACUUGUCUCAAUCACCUUUGAAUAAUUUUAAUGAACCAGAAGAAAUAUGCUAUAUUGUAGAUGGUGUACUUUCAUCAGCACAAGACACAAAUAAUUACUCAGCUAUUACCACAGUAACCCCAUUAAAUGAAAAUAUAUAUUAUCAAAAUGGUUUUGAUGCAGAAUCGGAAGGUUGUAGAAGUAGUGUUAUAAUGGAUGAAAAUUGCGGUAAACUUGUUGUUGUUUUUUCUGAUAAAAUGCUCGUUGUUAAACAUGCGAAACUAUUUAUUUAUGUGUAUUAUUUAUAUAAUAGUUGA